CACGAAGGGAAGCGCAGCGCAGCGCCCCUCUCCUACCUCCACCGCUCAGAGCCCAGAACCCUCCUGCUCCUCCUCCGGCGGCGACAGCGGCGGGCGGCGGAGACGAGCACGUGGAGCUAAGUCGUCACGGCGCACUAGCCACCCCUGCGUCGGCAACUUCACCAGCCCCCACUAGCUCAACCUCGCCGUGGCGUACGCACCCGCACAACCCCUCCCUCCCCUCCCUCCCCCCGAAUCCCCAGUCUAGGAGGGUUCAGCUCCCGCCCGGCUCCGCGUAUUAAUUCCUGCUACUCAGCUCGGCCUCGACCCUUCUGCGUUCGAAUUCCCGGGGCCCUAGGGUUCUGCUCCCGGCUAGAGCCGGGUGCCUGAUUCAUUCCUCUUCGUCCAGUCGUUUUUUCUGAUUCGCUUUCUGAGAGGAUCUGAGGUUAUGAGUGCAGGUGCACAGCAUUCGAUUCCUGAAAGUUCUUCUGCAGUCCGAUUCCACCUUCCAGUCUGGUUCGGAGAUACCUAUACCUAUAUAUAUCGUACACACAAUUGAGGUUAAGUAUCCCCUGCGAAAAUCAAUGGAGAAAGCUUCUGUUUCGGAUGAUUCUUCAGAUUCGAGCACUGAUUGUGAUUGGUCCCAGCUUCAGGCUGACCUGCUCCUCCAGAUCUUUGGCACUCUCGAGAUCCCUGAUCUCUUCAGCUCAGGUGCGGUCUGUCGAUCAUGGCACCUCAUUUAUCUGGAGGCCCGCCGUCUCCGGCGGUGCUUGCCGAACCAGAGCCCCUGCCUUGUUUACUCAUCCGGCGACCGUGACGCUAACACGGCCACCCUGCAUAACAUGUCCACCAACAAGCUUUACCACAUCACUCUAUCGGAGCCUGCCUUCCGCACACGCCACGUCAUGGGCUCCUCCUAUGGCUGGCUCAUCACCGCCGAUGAGCGGUCGAAUCUCAUACUAGUCAACCCUGUAACCAGAGCUCAGAUAGCUAUGCCUCCCCCUGAAACCAUGAACAAUGUUAGACUGCGCUACACCGAAGACGGUGUGCUAGACGGAUAUGAUGUUCUUUACAUGGAUCUGUUCUCUCGGGAUUUUGACACUGAAAUGGAGCCGUACCAUCUUACACUUGAAGAAGCCCGCUUCUACCUCUAUGCGAGGGUCGUUCUUUCUUGUGAUCCCUCCCAUGGAAACUGCACAGUUCUCGUAGUACAAUUGCCAAAGGAUCAACUCUCUUAUACUAGGGUUGGGGACACCAAAUGGACUUGGAUUGAUGCAAAUCCAAAUUGUUGGGCUUAUCAACAUAUACUUUAUAACAACAAUGAUGGUUUGUUUUAUGGUGUUCGUGGUAUGGGUGAGGUUGAUUCUAUUGAUCUUAAUGAACCUUCCGCUGAAGUUAAAGUUAUUUUGAAGCCGAUCAUAUCCUAUCAAGCGCAUAGUAGAUAUAUUGUUCAAGCCCCAUGGGGAGAUUUUUUCCAGAUAUGGAGGCAUGAUAAAUAUAAUAAGGAGAAUGGAAUAACAGAGCGGGUUGCAGACAAGUUUUAUGUGUACAAGAUUGAUUUUGUUAAACAAAAGCUCGUUGAAACAAAUAACAUCCAAGAUCACGCAAUUUUCAUUGGUUACAACAGCUCAUUUAUGCUUCCAGUGAAAGACUUUUCUACAUUGAUUCCCAACAGCAUCUACCACACGGAUGACUUGCUGGAUUAUAUCUUCUGUCAAAGAUCUAGUCUUAGGCAGGCUGUUGUCUUUAAUAUGAAAGAUAGCAGUUUCAUUGAGUUAUCGCCCCCUAGUUCAGAUUCAACAUUGAACUGGCCACCCUCGGUUUGGAUUCAACCAUCACUUACUUGAGAUUAUUCUUGCAAAUAUCCGACGAAUGGAACACUGUUUAUCAAGGCCUUCAAAUAUAGAGGCCCUACUUGGAAUUAGCUGCCUAAAUAGCACAUAACUGACUCAUGCCUAUUUUAAGGUCCUGCCAGUAAUAAACCAGCCUGUUUUGAAGGUCCUGCUCAGCAAUUAUGAAACGAAUCAUUUGUGUUCUAUGUAUUUUCAUCUUGCUACUUUUUAAAAAUGAUCUAACAUGUUAUUCGAAAGAAUUAUUAGCUUUGCAUGCCUAGAUGCUGAUACUCACUAUGUGUUGUCUCUGCUUAAGGGCCUUAAAAGCGCUUGAGUGUCCUGGCAAGUUUGGAACUUAUUGUGCACUUUGUUCAGGAGAUAUUACAGGCCAGUUAAGAAGACAUGUCAAUGGGAAAAUAUUCAGUUGUAGCUUUGUACCAUUUUACUUUGAAAUAUAAUGGAUUUUGUUCUGAAUUUCUGAUGUGUCAUUUCUACUGGCUGCUGCGACAGGCACCAGAGCAUUCACAUCUUGGAAAACAAACUUGUCUUGAGAAGGUGCAUCCCUUGAUCAUCAGUUCAUCACAACAGUUCAAAUAACAAGAUUAGUGCCUCUGCUGCGUCUAUUGUUUUAGUUGGUUCAAGUGAGGAACCCGGGAUAUCAAUAACUGUUCGUCAGGCAAGUGUAAGGAAACAUUUCGUUUGGUGUACCACCCAUGCCGAUGAAUAUCUUUAAUUUAUGCAGACAGUUUGACCACUGCUAGUCCACUGUUUCAGCAAAGGUUUAUUGCUGAUGGAAUUGAAACUUUGGUCAGGAUAGGUAUCCCAGUCAACGCUGCUAUCUCCUUGUGGUGGAACUGUUUGUUCUUUGGUCGGUACCUGACCUUGUUCAUUAUAGGUGCACCUGUUUUAGAAAAUUUUGCCGUCAAGCAAAUGUUUCCCUUGCUUAGGAUUCUUGUUAUAUUCUCAUGUAUCGACUCUUCCAAGAUGAGUAAUCCAGAGCCACGACAUAGUUGGAACUUC